AUGAGCCGCUCCACGCCGCGACUGCAACUCGCGUGGAACAGUAUCUACGCCGCUCUCGGCCACCAGUCGACGAGUGGCUCGAAAUAUGCCGACGAGUGCAGUAAUGUCAACAGUGAGGUCGACCGGUCGAUCGACAAAGUGAGUGAGAACGGGCACGAACUGAAUGGGAUCGUGGGUGCCACGACAAACGGGAUCCAAUUGCUCGACGUGGCGUCGCUCUCUUCAGAAGGCUCACAGGGCCACACCAAUGAAGACCGACUGGUAGUAAUGAGUGACGAGCGCUUUCACUUGUUUGCGGUCAUGGACGGCCACGGCGGGGCGCAGGCCGGCGACUUCCUCGUGGAAGAGCUGUUCAAGACGCUGGACAGAGUCUAUGACGACGGCUUUGACCACGUUGAGCUCUCUCACGCUAUGGAGGAACUGGACCGCACCUUUUGUGCGCUAGCUACAUCCAAACUCGACAUGAGUGGGGCGUGCCUGCUGGCUGUCCUGCUGUACGUUGACCCAAAGACAGACUCACCGCAGAAGAUCGUGCUGAACAUUGGCGACUGUCGCGCCAUUGCUCAUGAGGUAUGUGAAUCGACCGCAGAGAAAGACAGUAAGGAGAAGAAGAAGAAGAAGAAGAAGAGAGUGGAUCAAACGCUGCAUGGUGCAACUCAUACUGGCAAAACAUUGGCGUUGUCAAGAGACCAUUGCGCGAGUAACCGGAAGGAACGUGAGCGUGUGUUACGAAGUGGCGCUUUUAUCUCCGGUGACCGAAUCGGAGGUGUGCUGGAACCGUUCCGGACGAUCGGUGACAUCGAUAUGAAGGGCCGCGACAUGAAGAAUUGGGUGAUUGCCACGCCCGAGAUCCAUCAGAGUGACCUCCUCGUCGGUCGCAGUACGCUGGUCAUCGCGACCGACGGCGUCUGGACAGUUUUGAACAAUAGCCAGACAAUGGCGCUUGUACUUGAGAACCUCGGCGGGAAAAAGGCCGCGGCAUGCGCCAAAUCGGCUGCACGAGCCGUCGUGGAAAAGGCUCGAGAGCUCGGAAGCUGCGACGAUAUCACAGUGAUUGUCAUCUCGGUUUAA